AUGGCACACUUUCUUGGAAUUGAAGUGAUACAAAGAAAAGAUGGAAUUUUUAUUUCCCAAAGUGGCUAUACCAAGGAAAUUCUCAAGAGAUAUGGAAUGGAAAAUUACAAUCCAAAGAACACUCCUGUAGACAGUGGAGUGGAGCAAAAAAAAGGUAUAAAGGUAGGUGAUGUGGAUCCAACUUAUUUCAAGAGCCUAGUUGGAAGUCUUCGAUAUCUUACUUGCACUAGGCCAUACAUACUCUAUGGAGUAGGACUGAUUAGCAGAUAUAUGGAAACACCAGAUCAGUCACACCUUUAUGCAUCAAAGAGGAUUCUUCGCUACAUCAAAGGUACAGUCGACGAUGGUUUAUUCUAUAAACCAACUGAUAAUUUCAGUCUUGUUGCCUACUCAGAUAGUGACUGGGGAUGUGACUUGGAUGAAACGAAAAGUACUACGGGAUUUGCUUUCUUUUCGGGAAAUAUAGUGUUCACUUGGUCAUCCAAGAAGCAAGCUAUUGUGACAUUAUCAACCUGCGAAGCUGAGUAUGUUGCAGCCAACUCAACUGUGUGUCAUGCAAUUUGGUUAAGAAAUGUGCUGAAGCAUUUAGGAUUUCCACAAGAAAAUCCUAUUGAGAUCUAUGUUGAUAAUCGCUCAGCAAUUGCAUUAGCAAAGAACCUAGUUUAUCAUGAACGAAAGAUUGAGGACAAAGUUCAGAAGACCUUGAACCUUAUCAAAGAAGAAGAUGAGGAUGAAAAAGAUGGGAAUAAAGAUUAUUCUUUUUGUUUUUCUUCCUCCGUCUUGGACUCGGCAUCAGUGUUGCAAAUUGAGAGAGGUAAACAAGAAUCUUCAAAAAACUCGACUCAAGUGGAGAAUAAGAAUUCCGAGCUAGCAAACAAGGUUGCGGAUUAG